CUUAUUCUUCUUCCCACCGUUGAAUCUCAACCCUCUCAUCAGCCGCCUCCUCCGCUCCUCUUCAUUCCUCCAUCAACCCUCCGCACCCCUUCCCUCCUCAUCAGUCGAGGCUGCCAUUUGUGGGACCAAUACACCUCCUUCUUGAAACGACCCCCCAACUCUUCACUCUCACACUCUACUCGACUCUCAUUCUUCCCUUCAAGUUCCUAAUACCGCACACACUGCGAACCCUUUUGUCACCCCAACCCUCUGUCUUCAAUUGCCCCGUAUACCCUCCUGUCAGUCUCUGUAGUUUCUUCUUAACCAUGUCACGACUCUUGUCCAAGGUCACUGCGCUGGCGACGUUGGUACUGGGGUUCUUGGCCAUAACUGAUGCCCUUGGCUCAGAUGUCAGCUACACGGGCACUCUCUGCCAGAAUUAUGUUAACUAUCGGGUCUGGGUUCCUCCUGGUGUCAACAUUUCUCUCAUCGAAGAAAGCCUUAUUCAGCAGGGAAUGAAUGCUGCAAAUUUGGCGUUGCUCCCUUCUACCUGCUUGGAGCCCUUCAUGGAAUAUGUUUGCUCGUCCUCUUUUCCAAGAGUGGAGGCAACCAGUGCCACAAACACCUUCAAUGUCAGGUUCGCAUGCAAGUCCACAUGUCAAGCUGCAGCGACCCAGUGUACCUCAUUGCUUACAGCUGCUGGGAAGGGCAGCCUGGCUCCCCAAUGCGAUGCUGCUAUUCCAGGAACAACAGCGACUGUCCCGCCAAACGGCAUUUUUUUUCAACCCGACAACGCAUGCAAUGUAGUGCAGCCGCUUAACGAUGCACCAGUAGCUGGAGGCGCUGGAAACACGACAACUUGCGACUCGCCCUUUAUUCCCGACACCAUGUUGGGGCCUGGUGGCAGCUCAAGCAACCCGCAGUACUGUAUGGCGGGAUGUUGUUUGCCCUGCCCUGCACAGUAUUCACUUUACCGCACAGGAGCAUUGGAGACUGGAUUCAAAAUCACGAACACGAUGCGCGCUAUUUCGAUGGUCUUCAGCUUUAUCUUGAUGGUCUCAUACAUCUUUUUGCCGGACAAGCGAUCGCAUCCAAGUGCCUUGAUUUUGUUUUUUGCCAUCUGCGUGUUCUUGUUCUCGGCUGUGGUCAUUUUCCCCUUAGUGGACACCCGGGCCAUGCAAUGUCAUGAUGCCAUCAACCCCAGCACUCAGCAGAACAAUCUCAAAUGUGCCAUUCAAGGUGCUUUGUUGAUCUUUGCUUCGGUGUCGACAUGCGCCUGGUGCACAGCUUUGAUUCUCAACCUGCAUCUGCACACUGUCUGGAACUCUGCCUGGUUCGCGAAGCGUUACUGGCUUCUCCACAGUCUCUGCUGGGGCUUUGCAAUUGUAGUUACGUCGAUUGCGGUGGGCAUGGGCGAGAUCCGGUGGGAGUUUGCGACCUUGUGCCUGAUCUCGCAGGAGAAGUCCUCGCAGAUCUUUUUCUAUCCAAUGGCAGCGAUGAUCUUCCCAGCGUUCCUGGUCCACAUCGCGACGUUUAUCCACAUCGCACGGAUUUCUGCCCAGGCCGGUGCGGACUCUGAAACGAUGUCGCGAUCGACGCUGUCCGCAGGCGCUGCAGCGGUGAUCUCGCAUCGUCGCCAUGUGAUGAUGGCCAUCAAGAUUCAAUGGAGAGCAGCCGUGAUGGCGAUCAGUGCGAUUAUGAGUGUGAUGUUCUACUGGCUAUUCUACUUUUUGCAGCUCAAGAAGAUCAAGCCCGAGACGCUCAGGCCCCAUAUCGGAGACUUUGUGGUGUGCCUCAAAUCCGGCAAUGGGCACGAUGCGUGUGCGGACCUAAUCUCGCCGUAUCUGCCUCCCUAUGGAUUGAUGAUCGCGGCCGAGUUCUUGGUGUCGACGAUUGGAACUGUCAUCUUUGUUGUGUUCUUCAAGGCGGCCUUGGUUCGGGAAUGGGCCGAGUGGUUUGGGUCGAUUAGGUACCUACUGAGUGGCAAGAGACGCCAGAAGAAGGAGCAGGACCAGUUCUUUGUUAUUUAAGAAAAGGACACACCGUUUUUUUAUUAUUCUAGAACCUUUUAAUGUAAUGAGCACAUUUUCAAAAGAAACCAUGGUUUUUUUUGCAGAAAAUAGGAGCCAAUGCAGUGGGGGC